CACCACUGCUAGGUCUCAUUUUGUUCGUUUCGUCUGCGACAGACAGCUACAUUCAAAAAAUAAAAUAUGAAAUCGAUAAUCCCACUGUGUCUACUUGCCCUGUCUGUGGCCCAGGACACCCAGGAUGAACAUCUUCCGUACACAUGUUAUGUGUACGAAUUAAAUGCCACGAUUGAUUAUCAUCGCGACGCUGACUUAAAAAACAGUACCUCCCACCAUUUCAUCUUUAGCGAAAAGGGCACCAUUUAUGAAGCUGAUGGCUAUAUCAUAAACGAAGACAGCGACGCUGAAUACCUGAAAGUAUUUGGUUUAGGCUCUAUCUGGACUACAAUAAAAAUUUCAUCCCUCUUUGAGGAUUAUUACCGCCAGUAUAUUAAAGAUCAGAAGGGAUAUACACCUAAUCUCGAAAGGGAAUGCUCAACAAAUUGAAUGCUCAUUGAUAUGAGUAUAAGACCACACAAAACUGAUGUCUUGUUCAAAGGCUUGUUGGCGGAAAAUAUAUGCAAAUUGUUGUUUUAAUUAAAUACACAUACUAUUUAUUGUU